AUGAAGCUCUCCUACACCACCCUCGAUGUGUUCACCUCAGAACGAUAUGCUGGCAACCCUCUCGCUAUUAUUCGAGUUCCAUCCGGCACCACCCUCACCCAGUCUCAAAAGCAAGCCAUCGCAGCCGAAUUCAACCUUUCGGAAAUCGUCUUUCUUCAUCUACCGACAGAAGGAAGCACCUCUUCCGAGCGCAAGAUUGAUAUAUUUACCCACGAAGCAGAAGUCCCAUUUGCCGGUCAUCCCACCAUUGGAACCUCGCACUACCUGCUCCACACCACGUCCCAAGACGUCAAGACUGUGAUUACCAAAGCAGGAAAGAUUCCUAUUGAGAAGGAUGAGCAGACAGGUCAGGUCAAGGCUGAAAUUCCGUUCGAUUUCCAUAUUCAUGAGAAGACUUUUGAGAGUCCUUUGAAUGGGAUCAAGAAUCCGGUUACGAGCAUUGUCAAUGGAAUGAGCUUUAUCUAUGUCGUUCUACCAGAUUUGGAGACUUUGGCGAAAGCUAAGGAGAACUUGCAUGGGAAUACCUACGACCCAUCUGUACUGGAUGACGGGUGGAAGAAUGGACUUGUAGGUACGAUGUACCUUGUCGCUCAGGGAACGGAUGAGUUUGGACGGAAAAAGUAUCGUACGCGCAUGUUUGGGUCGAGAGAGGAUCCUGGGACUGGAAGUGCCAGCAGUGGAUUGGGAUGUUGGUUGGCUGGACAGGAGGAUAAAAGUUUGGGAAAGGGGCCUUUCAAGUAUGCUUUCACUCAGGGCGUAGAGAUGGGGAGGAAGAAUGAGAUUGGGGUUGAGGUCACCAGGGGGGAGAAUGGGGAGGGUAUAAAGAGGGUUGUGUUGAGUGGUACUGCGACGCCGGUUAUGGAAGGUACUUUGGAAGUUUGA